GCUUUGCAGAUCAGUGUUUGAAAGUGAACAGCCGAUUUGACAAGAAGCAAAAACCACAGAAUAUAGUACCACAUCGUUUUUCUGUUCACUUCGUUUCACAAAUGAUUCAGGCUCUUCCUACUGUCUUCUUCACCUCCUUGCUCUUCUCUACUUAUUUCACUGAUGUCACUGAGGUAGGUAACCUGGUCCAAUCCUGAAGAAUUCAAGGGAGGAAGAGAAGUCUACUUGUGAAGUUUUUCUGUCCCUGAUAUGCACAGGAAAUGAAGACAUUGCCUGGCAUGCUUGGAAUUGGGAAAUUGUGUUGGGUGUUCUUCCUAAUCCCACAUCUGGGCAUCUGGAGUAUCAACGGGGAAAAAUCAUGUAAUGAACAACUGUAUGUAAAGAGAUAUUCCAUAUACACUGUCUUAGCAGGGAAUUCGUUUGAUCUGAAAUGCCCUGUGAAAUACUGUACUAACAGACCUAAUGUGAUCUGGUGCAAGCUCGAAGGAAAAAGCUGUUUAUCUCUUGGGUAUAAACUUCAGGGAUACACAAGCUGGAAUGAAAAUGAGAAUAUUUCAGUUUUUAUUCUGCAUUUUAAUCACAUGCUGCCUGGUGACACUGGGUCAUACCGCUGUUCUGCAAAUUUUUCAUCUGGACUUGUUGAAAGCCACUCAGUAACCAUUAAUGUGACAGAAUGGACUAGAAAUAAUUCAGAAUACCCUCUGAUAAAUACAACCAGUGCCUCAGGACCACCCUCCACAGAAGUGACGGAUGAUAGACAAUGGAUGCUUUAUAGUUUGCUUCCUUUGGGGGCAUUGCUUCUGCUCAUUACCUGUUUCUACCUAUUCUGCUGCCUUAGAAGGCACCAAGGUGGGUUUCAUCUUCCAUCUGAACCACAGAUAAUGAUUUCCUCGGGGACAACUCAUCCUUCCACCAAAAAGACAGAUGGAUUAAUUCAGGUCCCUUCCAGUCAUGCAGAACAAAAGAAGCUUUCUGAUACAGCAGGAAGGGAAAUUAACCUGGUUGAUAUUCCCCAGCCCUUUAGGAGUGAACAAAUUGAAGUGGGAACCAGACAAAAUCCCCAAACCCUGCCAUCAGAAACUUGUACUUAUGAUAAUGACCCCUGGUUCAGGGUCCAGGAAGAGUCUGAAGUUUAUUCUAACCCAUGUCUGGAGGAAAACAAACAGAGCAUUGUUUAUGCCUCCCUGAACCAUUCUGUCAUUGGAAUAAACCCAAGACAAGCAAAGAAUGUGAAAGAAGCACCUACAGAAUAUGCAGCCAUAUGUGUGAGGAAUUAAAUUCGAUCUUGAUCUCCAGCAGUGAUCACUGAAUGAUCAGCAUGUCAACACCAUUAUCUGAGCCCAACAAAAUGUCCAAUAAUAUUCCUUGACCUGAGAAGUUUCACUUCAAGGAGGUUCAUGUUGGUGCUUGGGUCUUAAGGGUCCAUAGGACAAAUGACUAAAAUUUCUCCCAAAAUAUUGCAAGGGAACUUUUUUAUAUUAUAGCCUUGAACAACACAAAAACCCUUCCCUCCAAAACUGAGUGGUAUUAUGAGUAACAGGUUAGUAGAACAUUUAAACUUAGCUACAUUUUACCCAAUGUAUAAAGUUAGUAUAUUUUUUGGAGGAUAAGAGACACAUGUAGGCAAGAGAGAUUUGUGUUAUCUGGAUUAGUUCACUACAUGCUCUUGACAAAGAAAGAAUGUCCCAAUUUGACUAACUAACCAUCAGCAAAGUAACAAUGGUAUGUUUAUUUCUGGUCAUUCUUCCAUGAUGAGAAAUUUUCCUCUGUCCAUCUCAUACUGGGUUUUCUUAAAUGUAAAGAAGAAAUCAUUUUAGACUUGAUAUAAGAAAAGAAUGGGAAGAAUAAAUGGUGCAAUUAAGAUAUGGAAUACACCAACUAAUGUCGAGCAGAUGUUGCCCAUCCCUGACAAAUGGUUUUAUGUACCCUGUUACACUGCUAAGCAAACACAGGUAGUAAUGGAGCUAUUAAUGUGUGGUGCAUUUAUAAACAAAGUUGUGACUCAGUGUUUGGGUCACAUGGACUAAUGUAUAUAAAUGUGACAUAAUGCUGCUAAACUAAUAUACUUGGGGUUGUCUAAGUAAACAUAAAAAUCAGUGAGAAUAAGUAUCAUCUAGCAAGUGCAGAUUGAUAGCUUAAACUGCGUCAUGGCUGACCUGAUAGCAAAUGAAAAGCACAGUUAAUGGAAUAGCGAAAAGUCUGGAAUAUUUAGUUGGCCAAAACAGGUCACCAUACUUUCAUUAAGCACUUCCGUAUCUUGCUGCUCUUCUUACUAAGGAAUCAGGGCAAAUCAUACAUAGCAAAGUAGUACGGCUUCAUAACAAUUCAUUUUAAAAUACUGUAGUUGCAGCCGCUUGAGUCCAGCAAGAGGAGAUGGUUUCAAAGUUUCUGAAUUUCCAGAGUACUUGAGUCUAAUUAUUUCAAAAAUAGCCUACAACUUUAUUCAACAGCUUGAGGCUAUUAGGAUUCUCAGGUGCUGCUACUAAAUAAGGCAGUACACCUCAUACAAAGUGGACAGCAAAGGUUGGGAUCCAUUUGAACAAAUAGGUGAGCUGCUGCACAAAUGAAUGUGGUGUGUGUGUGUGUGUGUGUGUGUGUGUGUGUGUGUAGAAGGAAGACUAAGUGACUUACAGAAAUGGUAAAAAGAGAAACUGACAAAAUGGUUUGCUUCCUAAAAAGUUCAGAAUACUAGAAAAAAAUGGGUCAUUAAAGAAAAUGUAUGAAAAUAAUGUUUGAAAUUAUGGCGAUGGGAUUAUGAUAUCCCAUAAAAUUUUUUAUCCCAUAAAGAUAAAACUGGGAUUUUGUGAUGGAGCUUUUCUUCUGUAACAACACUGGCAUUAAGAUUUUGCUCCUUAGAUUGGGAUUGUGGGUAUUGCUUUAGACUCACUGUUAUCAAGCCAGUAUGAUAGCGCCGUACCUGAAAUUUUGAGCAACUGGUUCUAGGUAGGCUCUUUCAGCCAAGCUGCAUUUAUAAGCAACUACAUACAAAAGAUAUAUUAGAAUAACUGUUUGUGGUAUUCUUAAAUAUAGAAACAGGAAGUACAGGGAGGAUACAUUUAGCUACCCUUAUCAGAUAAACACACAGCUGAACAGUUCCUUCAUAAUUUUCUUAAAUUUAAGCAAUAAAAUAUUUCUAUUGUUUAGGAUAUUCUUAGCAUGUCUUAUAGUAAAGAUAAUGUUGAUAAUGAUUUUACCUCUACAAUGAUUUAUUCUUACAUCUGUACCAUGCUGCCAAAAUUCCAAACCACUUAUGUUUUUAUUGCUUCUUAAUAAAAUAUCAGAAUUGUAUAUGUAUUUCCCAAAUAAAUCUAUUUCA